GUCGAUGCAUCGAUUGGAGCCGCCUGUCGUGGUGACGCCGCAUGAGCGCGGUGCGGCAGUAAGAUGGCGGCCUUGUUGCGACGGACAGCUCGCCUCGCCGCCCGCUCGCUGCUGCGGACCGACUGGCCCGGCGUCCGACGGCAGGCCAUCUUAAACAGCUGCAAAAGAUUCCAGGCUACGCAAGCUGCUGCUGCACAUGUCAUUCUGAAUGUUCCAGAAACAAAAGUUACUGUACUGGAAAAUGGGCUCCGGGUGACAUCUGAAGAUUCUGGCCUCCCAACAUGUACAGUUGGAUUGUGGAUUGAUGCAGGGAGUCGCUAUGAGAAUGAAAAGAACAAUGGAACAGCUCAUUUUUUGGAGCACAUGGCCUUCAAAGGCACAAAGAAACGCUCUCAGCUUGAUUUGGAACUUGAAAUUGAGAACAUGGGAGCCCAUUUAAAUGCAUACACUUCUAGAGAACAAACGGUGUAUUAUGCUAAAGCAUUUUCCAAAGAUUUGCCCAGAGCUGUUGAAAUACUCGCAGACAUCAUCCAGAACAGCACCUUGGGAGCAGCUGAGAUUGAGCGUGAACGUGGUGUUAUCCUGAGAGAAAUGCAAGAAGUUGAAACCAACCUUCAGGAAGUUGUCUUUGAUUAUCUACACGCAACAGCCUACCAGUGCACAGCAUUAGGCCGCACCAUCUUGGGCCCUACAGAAAACAUCAAAUCUAUAACUCGUAAUGAUCUGGUGGAAUACAUCACAACGCAUUACAAAGGACCAAGAAUAGUCCUGGCUGCUGCUGGAGGUGUGGGGCACGAUGAUUUGGUUGACUUAGCAAAGCAUCACUUUGGUAAUUUAACAACCUACGAUGGUAACAUCAUACCAGAUCUGCCUCCUUGUAAAUUCACAGGAAGUGAGAUUCGUGUAAGAGAUGAUAAGAUGCCGUUGGCACAUAUUGCCAUUGCUAUUGAAGCUGCCGGUUGGUCACAUGCAGACACUAUUCCUCUAAUGGUUGCAAACACCUUGAUAGGUAACUGGGACCGUUCUUUUGGCGGUGGUGUGAACUUGUCCAGUAAAUUGGCACAGAUUGCAUGCCAGGGUAACCUCUGCCACAGUUUCCAAUCAUUCAACACCUGUUAUACAGACACUGGGCUUUGGGGGCUCUACAUGGUCUGCGAGUCCAAUACAAUUGAUGAGAUGUUGCAUUUUGUACAAAGAGAGUGGAUGCGAUUGUGCACUAGUGUUACUGACAGUGAGAUUGCAAGAGCCAAAAAUCUGCUGAAAACAAACAUGCUGCUGCAGCUUGAUGGUUCAACGCCAAUCUGUGAGGAUAUUGGCAGACAGAUGCUGUGUUACAAUCGAAGGAUUCCUCUCCCUGAACUUGAAGCUAGGAUUGAAGCUGUUGAUGCCAAAACAGUAAGAAAAGUAUGUAACAGAUACAUCUAUGACAAGGCCCCUGUCAUUGCUGCUGUUGGUCCUGUUGAACAGCUUCCAGACUAUAACAAAAUUUGCAGUGCAAUGUACUGGUUGAGAUAAAUGUUACACUAUUAUGAAAUAAAACAAGACAUUUA